AUUAGGUUCCAACCGGAAAGUCUGCUAAGAAAUUAAAAAAGCGAGAGAUAAAAUUUGUAACUGAAUAUUUCGCAGUUAACUUUGAUUGAUUAGUUAAAAAAAAUUCCAAUAUAAGAAAGUGUACUGGGUGAAGCGUGCAUUCACAUCAGCGUCUCUUCACACAAGGAGCUACUUAAGAAGCAUUUGCGAAUCGUUGAUCUGCGCUACUUGUUCUCAAAUAUGGUAAGUUUUCUUCCAAUUUAGAAUUCACAGUCAGUUAGGCCUUUACUAAUAGCCACCUACGUAGCGUCUUAGUCCUUUUCUGCAAAGACCAAUCCUUUUUGUUCCGACUGACAGUCCUUAAAUUCCAUUUUAUGCUUUCUUCUCUUCAACACGGCCACCACCCUACCAUGAAGUAAUGGCCACCACAGUUCUGCCCUCAAUCAAGAAAACCUCAUCACGAUGGUCAUUAGAAAUCAAACUAUGUACAAAUUGACCUACUAACUAUAUCUUAGUCACUUAAUGCUUUGUUAAGGUUUUUUUCUUGACCAUUUGGGUUUGAGUAUGUUAUUUAAUGCAAUGCUCUUUCGAAACUACAAAAGUUCUACCUAAAUCACGUCAGCUCUGGAUUUUCGUGCAGUUGGCUUGUUUUACGUGCCCAGGAUAGUUUCUUAACUUCGCACAAAAAAAAAGAAGCAAAGACUUUGCAGGUCGGUUUGUUUUCCUUAACACUUUUAUCCUGAACAUUUUACUUUGGCCUUGAAUUUGUUAGUAAUGAUGUUUUAAAAUAAGCUCUUUUGAAAGACAUGAAAGACAGAGAAACUAGCGGAUUGAGGACAAAGGCCUAUGGACAUUUUUGUGAUUUGUUAACACUAGAAACAUAGGUUGAGAAUUUUAAAGCUCUUAGAACAAUUUGUAUAGGCCAUACAUGUAUAGAAAUGUUUUUGUAAUUAUUAUUAUUAUCUUCUUAACUGACUACCUAAAAAAAGGAGCUGAAGUAAGCGAUACCGUUUGAAGUCGACCAAGCAUAGAUGACGGUGUAAGACCAAUUACUUAAAAGACCGUGUAGAACAGCCCGCUUUCUCGUGAUCUACGAUCUGCAAGAGUCUGAUGAUGGUUUCAAACCUAAAGCGGGUCACCACAGUUUUGAAAUAGUUCAAUACGUUUUAUACACAGCGUCCUCGCCAAGUUAUAUAUUUGUCACUUGUAGUCUGUUCAGUUAGGCUUUUGCUUUUUUUUUUUUACCUUGAGCACAUUUCCAAAGUUACAACUGACCCUUGUAAUAAAAUUUUCCCGCUGUAUUUCUUUUACUUUAACAGAGUGUGAUUGCUAAGCAAAUGACCUACAAGGUUUAUAUGUCAGGCACGGUCAAUGGACACUACUUUGAGGUUGAAGGCGAUGGAAAAGGAAAGCCUUACGAGUACGUUUCUGUUCAAUGGAUGUAAUUUAUCUCUAAUACUUGUUUAAUAUAUGUUGGUUUCUGUUCAAUGCAUGCGUGAAGCGUUUUCGCGGCCAACCCUUUUUCACUUUAUUCCAUGAUACCUUCGAGGAUGUCUUUGGAGGGGGAGAAGGUGGAAUUACGAUAGAAAUACACCACAAUGUUAGGUACAGGAUAGCUCCUUUUUUGGGGUUAUUUUAACCCCUCAAUAUCUGGGGUCACUUUUACUCCUUUACUUUUAACUUCUUUUUGGAGUCAAAAUAACUCCCCAAAAAAUAACUCCACCGUAAGGAGUUAAAUUAGCCCCACUAGAGGAGUUAUUAUAACUCCUUGAAAAUUCCUGUGUAUGGAGCUGGGAAGUGUUUUCCGCUUUCUCCAAAAAAGGUUAUGCGUUAUCUUUCAAGGGCAAAAACUAUGUGACCUAGAUCGAAAGCUAUUAUGUAAACUUAACCUCUUCAUCAAUUUGAUAAAAUAAAGAACAACCAACUGGCAUCACAUGCACAAAGUGGUUUCUUAUCCACCAUUCCCAAAAGAAUUGAUAUUUCAAAAUGUUUGUUUUUAGAAAAGGGGGGAAACCAGAAAACUAGGAGAAAAUCCUGUAAUAGUAACAACUAAUACACCUUUUUAACAAGAUCCAUAGAGAAUUUUUUUGUCAAUUAGUCCACAUUAUAUAACAAUGUGCCUAAUUUGCAAUGUCAAUUCGUUCUUUUUAAGGGGCGAGCAGACUGUAAAGCUCACUGUCACCAAGGGCGGACCUCUGCCAUUUGCUUGGGAUAUUUUAUCACCACAGUCUCAGUAUGGAAGCAUACCAUUCACCAAGUACCCUGAAGACAUCCCUGACUAUGUAAAGCAGUCAUUCCCUGAGGGAUAUACAUGGGAGAGGAUCAUGAACUUUGAAGAUGGUGCAGUGUGUACUGUCAGCAAUGAUUUCCAGGUACAUCGCGCAAACUAAGUUAAUUGAAUUUUAGUUUCCGCAAAAGCAGAAUGUCAGAACUGGAAAGCGUUUUCCUUCCUAUUAGAAAAUGCUAAGAAAUGUCAGCAGAUCAGUCUCACUUUUUCUUCGUUAAAAAUGGCGAAUCGUAG